AUGCAUCAGUCCGUCUACAUUUCAGCGGUGACAGCCGUCUUGGCUGGGAUCACCCAUGCCGCCUCUGGAGCCGGGUCUACCACGAGAUACUGGGACUGUUGCAAACCCUCAUGUGCCUGGCCUGGAAAAGCCGCUGUCUCCCACCCGGCUUAUACGUGCGACAUCAACGACAAGCCACUCUCCAACUACGAGGCAGUCUCAGGAUGCCAGAGCGGCGGCAGCGCCUACACAUGUACUGACCAAGCCCCAUGGGCAGCCAACGACCUCGUCUCCUACGGCUUCGCAGCAACGGCCAUCAGCGGCGGCACAGAGGCCAGCUGGUGCUGCGCCUGCUACGCCCUGACCUUCACGUCCGGGAAGGCAAAGGGGAAGCAGAUGAUCGUGCAGUCCGUCAACACGGGCGGCGACCUCGGCGCGAACCACUUCGACCUCCAGAUCCCCGGCGGCGGCACGGGCAUCUUCGACGGGUGCACGGCGCAGUUCGGGAGCACGUGGGGCGCCCAGUACGGCGGCAUCUCGGACAGGUCUCAGUGCGCGACGCUGCCGGCCAAGCUGCAGGCCGGCUGCGAGUGGCGGUUCGACUGGUUCCGGAACGCGGACAACCCGACGCACACCUUCACUCAGGUCGCGUGCCCUGCCGAGCUCACCAGCAUCAGCGGCUGCGUCAGGGACGACGACGGCAGCUUUCCGAAGUUCGUCAUGCCUUCGCCCGCUACGUGGACGCCUCCGACUCCUACGGUGACUGCUGCGGCUUAUGGGCAGUGUGAUAGCAUGACUUGGGAUGUGGCUAUGCUGUGCCCUUCCGGAUACUACUGUAGCCGCAUAACUGAUUGUGAGUCGAAGUUCAUCUCCCUCAUACUUCACGAUGUAUGCUAA